AUGGCCUGCAGAAGUGUUGAUCAACAAAAUUCUACAAACUAUAAUGGCGCCGUCCCUGCCGAUAUGUAUCUGGUAAACAGAAACACUCCCUACUACCCACCAGAUCCUUGCAUCAAACCUGACCAGGGCUACGCAAUGUGCCAACCACAGCACCCGCCUUGUCCGCUGAACUAUAAAUGUAUGCCUGCAGUUGGCUCGCAGGAUAGAUCCCUGGGGGAAAUCUACCAGUUUGAUAGAAGGUACCCAUUUGCAGAAUGCCAGUCUUGUGAGGAAUACCAUUCUCAUCCGUGUGCAGCUUUAGGGCCUAUAAGCAGCGAGGUGCCUUGUCCGUGCACACACAGGUGCCCCGUGUUUCUGCGACCAAAGCCGUACGAUCUGAACCUCAUGUACCCCAAGUGUGUAGACAGACCGCCGGCACCUCAUUUCGAGACUCCGAUAUACGGCGAACCCACGCCGUAUAUCAGAUGGUCCUCAACACAUCCGCAAUCGUGGGCAACAAAACAGCAGUGCCGGGUUCCAUUCUCCAAACACUUGAAGUGCCAGUGUCCUAACAGUGCUCCCAGUAUUGGACCUAAUCUUGUCAUGUUCCUUCAUUGUUCUGACUACUAG